ACAACUGCAAGCAUCUGGAGGAUCCUACACCUUGAGGUUUUCGGGACUCCCGAGGCACCAGCAGCUUCAAAUACCUGUUUGCUGCUUUGCAAUGGCAUUUUUGCAGCUGCUCUCUUAAUCCGAUGAAUUUGUCUGGAAGAAACCUUCCUCAUUCUGCCUUUAUCUGCACGAACCCUUCUGUGCUCUGAAUCAGCCACAAAUCUCUUCACAGUACGAUGAUCUCGCUUAAGUUUUCGUGAAAUAUCUAAUGUUUUCAUACCUUGUCCAAGACAUUGCACUAUUUGACGCUUUUCGGCAGCAGACAGAUCCUUUUUCUUUCCCAUAUUGCUUGAAACCUGUGGCCUGCUUAAUAAUGUGGAACGUCCUUCUUAAGUAGUUUUCCUUUAAUUGGGCUCACCUGGCAAACUACUUAUCACAGGUGUCUGAGAUUGAUUUCAGUGAUCCAAAGAGCACUGAGACACAAUACCAUCCAUAAGUUUAAUUGAACAAUAUAAAAUUAAAUGUUUACGACACUUAAAUCCAAUUUGCAUAAUAAUUUGGAACGCAGUGUAAAAUACUGGCGAGUCAAGUUUAGCCAAGUAACGGUUCUUCUCGGUUUCUUUUGAUUGUCAUCAGAAAUAAUCUACAGACACUCUAUUGUUUGUGAAUGUGUACCAGAAGUUCAGUUGGGGUGACAAAAGUGCGCAUGCGCAGUAACGUUUGUUUAUGUUGUUAAGAUGAAACCGUCUUUAGGCCCGAUUCACAUUUCGCGUCUUUUCCAUGUGCAUUUUCGUUAUUUUAAAUGUAAAAGGCAGGCGCGUGGAAAUAGGGGGCGACAUGCGGUGCGACGCGCUCUUUUUUUCAGGCGCGUCGGCGCCGCAUCGAGAUGAAAAAAUCUCAACUUUUCAGAAAGCCGCAAGCGCACUGCAGGUCAUGUGACAAGAACCAACCAGCCAAUAUAGACAAGCUCAAUGAAGAUGGAGACACAGACGAUCACAGCAUAACUAAAUCUAGUAGCAGAGUUAUUGCAAGCUAUUUUCAGUGCAUAUAAUCCAUAUAUCCUUUGUUUAUACCUCCUCGUCUCAUCGGCUAUCGUGGCCCAUGGUUGCUUAGCGACGACAGACGCCAAGAGAGCGCAAAGUCCAGGCGCUUCGGAAAAAAAGGAGAACGCAGUGCAGCUCGCGUUUUCCACGCGGUUUUAGACGCGAAAUGUGAAUCGGGCCAUAGACUACCAUAGUAGGGAAAAUAAAUACUGUGGGAGUCAAUGGUGGCCGAGAACUGUUUGGUUACUGACAUUCUUCCAAAUAUCUACAUUCCAGAAUUUUCAUUUUAGGGUCACUUUAACUGGCCUUAAAUCUCUAUAUGUAUAUUUAAAUAAGGACGCGAGUGCCUUGUGGUAGAUUUUUAGUGAACAGUGACUUAAAUUUCUGUCUGUUACACAAAGCUACUGUCUGAAGACUUAAAGAUGGAGUCGUAUAUGAACAGCUGUAGACCCGUCACGAAAAUCAGACUCUGAACGUCCCACACAAUGGCCAUCUGUGUUUCAUGACCAAACCGUCACACAAGUUUUGGACAAACAGGAAAGCGAGUAGAAAAUGUCUGAAUAUUCAGGGGAACCGUUGCUAUAAUGAAGAACAGAGGGAGUCUGUGGAUACAGAGAAAAAUCAAGCCCAGAUAUGUGCGAUGUCUCACUGCACACACUUCUGUGUCUCAGGUUUCAUCUGAGCGUCUGAAAUAACUGCUACACGACCGAGAGAGAGCGAGAACACAACAUGUUCCUAUGAUCUCACACACAAAGACUCUCUGUGCCAACAUUACUGCCCAAGAGCUUCACAAGAACACACAACAUAAACUCAACACGCGUGUCAAACUUCCUCGCAAACAAACGGAGGGAAACACAGAGAGAUAAGACUGCGUUAAACCUCAUGUUCACACGUGAAUAUUUCCUGUCUGACAGCUUUGCAAAUGUUGAAGAAACGCAUUUAAAUAAUGACAAACACAUGCUGCCAAAAACACGUUCAGUUUAUACUUGUUUACACUGUAUUUUUAGGACUAAAAAGAUUGCAUUGUUCAGAUUCACCUCAAAGUCUAACAACACGAUUCACUAAUAAUGUUAAAAACAUUUGUCAUCAUUUUUAGAGCCAACAUUUUCCUCCAACCUGAUACACAGCAACAGAAACAAAGGACUGCAAAACUUUUUCGACGAAGGAAUAGAGAACCCGUUUCCACGGUGAUGAGAGGGGAGGAGAAAAGACUGAGCCAAAUGGAGACAAAGGGAGGGUGAGGGGUGGAGGGAGGUAAACAUAGAUCGAGAGGAUCCGACUGACAGACGCUGACGUGCUGGAGAAGCUCCACAGCUCAUUCCUAAAGACUUGUGACACGGGAAACCACAAACGCAGAGAAACACAACACGACUACACAGCUGCGAGACACUUUAACAACAACUACGUGACGGGAAACACUCGCACAAAAAGUGGACACACGAGGAGUGUUACAGGGGAUCUGGUAACCACUGGAACUCAGAACAGACAGAAACUCCCAACUGUGCUGCUUGCUUCAACAAGACAAAAACACCUCGAACCAGCAAAUAUCUGUGAAAACAGCUUUAAAACAGGAUUUGAGAAGUCUGACUGUUAUUGGCUGUGCUGCUGACCUGCAGUCAGAAUGAGCGCUUCAGAUGAAAUAAUGAAAACCCUCCACAGCAUCUGGAGCAAACUGCAGGGUCUUUCUCAAGACCACCCGCUCAUCCAGGCAGCGUUUCUGAUCAUCAUUCUCUUCUUCUUGACGUUCAUAGCUCUGUUUGUGACUGGAUGUGUUUACGGCCGCUGUGGCUGCUGUCAAAGCACCAGAAACAAAGUGAGUGCCGUCUGAGGAGAUGAGACAAGCAAGAACAGACCAUACGGGCCAACAUAAAGAUCCGUUUUACAUGGCAUACAACUGCUUGUGACCACUGUGAUAUCACACAUUACAGUGAUAAAUCCCAGGAAAGAUGGUGUACAGUACACACUGCCAAACUGAACAAAUGAUGAUGCAAAUCAGAAGAGCUUAUCAAACAUCUGAUGGAGAAAUAUUUUUCUGAGUAUGCUGUCCAUUACAUUAUUAUUAUGGAUGGCACAAAUGUACUAUAUAUUAAACCUUUCUCAAUGUGGGAAUACAGCACGUCGGAGGUAAACCAAAAAUGAGAACAGGGCUAAUGCUGCCCCCUGGUGUUUGCUAUAAAAACUGUCACAAGAACGAUUUCAAGAAACAUGGACAAGCUGCUUGUCUGUACAUCUCUUACCUACAUCUGAUAUUCCAAAUAAUUGUAAAAGCAUUGCCUUGACAACAGUAUUGAACAGUAUUAAAGUGAGUUUAUGUAUGAGAGAGGCCGACCGACGUAUACAGAAAAACAGAAACAUGUGUGUAGGGGAAAUGAGAUAAAAGAGUAAAUUUUGCAAAACAUGCACUUUUGUUUUUUUGUUUUUUUCUAUAGGCCAUGUUCAAGGCAAAAAUAACAAGUUAAGCCAUGUUAACAUUUGACUUCUUUUUGAAGCUGCUAGCAUCUGCUUUACAUUACAAUCCUAUGGAGUAAACCAUGUUUUCAAAAUAGUCCAGAGCGCUUUUCUGUUGCUGAGAGCAUCUUUUCAAGUUGAAAAAAGUUGAACUUUUCUGGGGGGAAAAACGCCCUACGUAAAGCACCUUUUUCACAGCUAACCAAUGACAGAAACCUGUCGUUUACGUAACAACAUACGAGGAAGGUGAUUGGUCGAGAAGGAUCAAGCUCAAAAAAAUAAAAUGGCGGCCAAAACGCCUGUUGGAGCAUAGUUUUGUGUAAUUGUAAGUUUAAUUUUCGCUUUCAACAACUUCUGAUUGCAUUUCUAGUGAGAAUUUAGUAUUGAAGUUUUUAAAUGUGCGAUUAGUUAUUGCAAAGAUGCUCUCUGUUUAUACAUUAUUCAACACUGUCGGCCGCUAUUUGUAACCACAGCGCUGCGAGCUUUUUUUUUUUUACGUAAAAAGCGCCAUUGUCAACUUUUUAUUGUUAAAUAAGAAGUCAAAUGUGAACACAGCCUUAAACGCAUGGAAACUUAUAAUUUGUUAAAGAUACAGUACAUUUCUAAUAAAACCUGUAAACCCCAUUUUGGACCGACAGCGUAAUUUUAUUCUUUUUAAAGGUAAAUGUAUUUGUUGCAGUUUUUGUUUGUAUUUCAGGCUAACAUAUGAUACAUUUUCAUUAGUCUGUAGAUCCAGAAUUGAAAGUUUAGCUUGCUUGUGUGAACUCACCCUUCUUGUUCACAAAAAGCGACCAUAGUAUCAAAGUCCUGGAUGGGUGCCUUGUCCUGUUCUUUCUCUGAUCCUCGCUUCUCCUGCAAACAGUUUACAAAUAUUAAGGACAUU